UCCACAAAAAUGGCGCUGACCGAGCUAUCUCGACAUCAGGGUGGAGAGAUAAUGUUUUACUGCGAGUAUAAAAGAGCGCUGUCAUUGCUUAAUACCUCGAUAAUAAGCGACAGACUCACAAAUAAAUUCAAGGACAAUGUGACAAUAAUUGUGGAGGAGAAUUUAAUAACAAUAAGAGAAAAAGGAAAAGUGCUUUGUUGUGACUUCGUUGAGGCUAAAUUGUCUCCCCUUACAUGUCGAGGUCUCAAGUACUUUCCCGAUGGUGAGCUCCAGUUUACAAUCUACGUGGACAGUGAAAUGGACCAAGGAAUGUUCCACAUGGACACCAACCACUCCAAACAGUCGGACUUUGUAGAGAAGAUACAGCUUUACCAAGACAAGUGCUACUGUGCCAAGUGUGGCCAGAAGAUCUUCGCUGACCACUGUAUAUUUAUGAGAGUGCUCGCCCUGCCGUCAGAGAACUGGGCAGAUUAUAGCGACAUGUGGUUCUGUCACAAACACGAAGGCGAAGAGAAUGACGACACACCACACCCAAAGCUGUUACUGCCGAAGGAAAAACAGUGCUUAGUCGGGGAUACUUAUUUACUAGUACAAGGGCGCCACCUCAAGCCUGGUCACACCCGUACCUCUGGUGAGGCCCUUCAUUGUCAACGCUGUGGUAAUCAGCUCGGGGUCAAAGUUCAUGAAGGAUCAGGACAGGGAGAUGUGGGGUUUUCCCGGACAUAUCCUGUAUACAAGGUGUUCCGACAUAGCGUGCUGUUUCAUAGACUUGAAGAAAUCAUUGACAGGGGCCCUGAGUUUGAGGUGACGGCGGAGGACUACUUCGCUAACCUGAUCGUAGAGCAGAGCCACCUAUACACAAGCUUCCGUCUGGUCAUUGAGGCGGUCAAGGGAGAACACACAGUUACCUGUCUGGUAUGGCUAAUUGACCCCUGUCUGAUGGUGUAUAUAGACAGUUGUUCACUAGACGAGUCUCAUAUCCAGCUUCGACCAACAAAAGUGCUUAAGAUGUUGUACAAAUGUCAGAUACAACCUGGAGGUUGCCCACCAAGCCCUAACCAUACAUUUUCAUCCUGGAAAACUGACCAAGCUGUCCACAGCAUCCAGCUUCCGUACCCGAUGUGUGUGCAGCUGGUGUCCCUACUGGUGAAGAGUUCCAAAUGUAUACCUCGAUCUCAGAGGUUCCUCAACAAGUUCUUUGUUGGUUUCUUGAGGUAUGCCGACAAAGGAGGUUAACUCUGCUGUUGACAAAAGCAAUUUUAUGCAGCGGCUGACCACCGGGAUUAACUCUACUGCUAAUAUUUUAAAGGGAGUUAACUCUAUCCACCUCCAGUGUAUCAAUCACAGAUUAUCAUUUCACAUUAUUGUUUUGUAAUGACAUUUUUUACUUUGAAAAUUCAUGAUAAAAUACAUUAUGAAAGGACUAUGUAUGGU